AUGUCAUCAAACCAGAUUCCAGUGGGUGAUCUUCAUUGCCAAAAAGAUACAUACAGCAAAGUAUGCAUCACAAAAUGUAUAAGCUGUUCUGAAAAACCCAACAAGAAAGGAUUUUAUGAAGUCAAACUUCAUGACACUGUUAUAUUUCCUGAAGGAGGAGGACAGCCUAGUGACACGGGAAUGAUUGAUAAUAUAAAGGUGUAUGAGGUUCAGCGUAAAAAGUUGGAACACAUCCACUUCACCAAGGAACCCGUGCCUGUCAACAAAGAAGUUGAAGUGACUUUAGACUGGAACCGCCGUUGGGAUCAUGUUCAACAGCACAGUGGCCAACAUUUAUUGAGUGCUGUUCUUGAGAAGGAACCUUAUAAUAUGGAAACAUUAUCAUGGAACCUUGGACCUGCCAAAUGCUAUGUAGAGCUUAGCACAAAGAACACAAAGACCCUCGGUGCUGAACAACUGGCAACAUUGGAAUCUCGAGUGAACGAUCUGAUUCUCGAAGAACUACCAAUGGAAUGUCAUGUAGAGGCUAACACGGGCGACGGACGUCCUGAUAGUCUUCCGGCUGAUUAUGUAGGCGGAGGAUCGAUCCGAACAAUUACAAUUGAAGGACUGGACACCAACCCUUGCUGUGGUACCCAUGUACGCCAUCUAGGUCAUCUCCAGGUCCUCAAGCUGCUCCAUGUUGAGAGUGCACGUGGAGGAAACAUCAAGCUGUUCUUCUUGUUCGGACAGCGUGUACUUGAUACUCUUGACGUGGCCUACAAGACCAGUCGUCAAGUGACUUCAAUCCUCUCUGUACCCCAAGAGCAGUUUGUGGAAAAUAUCACGAAAUUGCAACAGCAAACCCGCGCUUCUCAAAAGCAAAUCAAACGUCUUAUGACAGAAUUGGCUGGCCACACUGCCACUGAAGUCAAACUCCAAUUAAAAUCUCAGCCAUAUGGAUUUGUUUAUCGUCCAGACGGAGACAUGGAUUUCUUGGUUGAUAUUGCCUCUGCCCUCAAGGACACGGAUGAUAUCAAAGACAAAGUUGUUGUAUUGGCGGCAGGCGAGAAACAGACAGGCGGACAAAUGCUUAUUACAGGUGGAUCAGAAGAAAUCGUCCAAAAGACUGCAAAGGCUCUUCUUGCUGCAUUUCCUGAUCUCAAAGGAGGAGGCAAGGCUCGCUGGCAAGGAAAGGCUAAAUCAUGGAAAACCAUUGACACUUUAGAUACCCAUCUUAAAACAUUAUUUAAAUAGAAGUCGUUUAUUAUUAUUAUUAUUAUUAUUAUUAUUAUUAUUAUUCGCUGUACGUUUUAGCUGUAUGAAGAUUAAUUUUUAUAUAUAUUAAUUGGUUUAUUAAUGAU